AUGAUCGAAGAGAACAGCCACUGCUCCUUUGUCAUAGAAGCGCUGAAGUCUUUGCCAUCCAAUGAGGAGAGCCGAGACCGCCAGGCCCGAUGCAUAUGGUUUCUGGACACACUCAUCAAGUUCCGAGCACAGAAAGUUAUUAAGCGGAAAAGCGCCCUGGGACCUGGAAUUCCACACGUCAUCGCCACCAAACUGCUGAAGCGCUUCACCUGCGUGACCUACAACAAUGGCAGUUUACGCAACUUUAUUUCCGAUUCUAUGAAGGCAAAGAUCAUUGCGUAUGUGAUCAUACUCGCCUUGCAUAUAAACGACUUCCAGGUUGACCUGACAGUGUUACAGAGGGACCUGAAGCUCAGUGAGAAAAGGAUGCUGGAGAUAGCAAGAGCCAUGAGGCUGAAGAUCUCCAAGAGGAAGGUGUCUCUGGCAGCCGGCAGGGAGGAGGAGCACCGGCUGGGCACUCUGAGCGUCCCGCUGCCUCCAGCCCAGACCUUGGACCGCCAGGCAAAGCGGAGGAGAAUCACGUAG